CUGGAGCUCCUCUCGGCCCGUCGGCGUUCUCCUUAACGUCGCUAAGGGCCUGGGCUGGCUUUGAGCUGGGCCUGGCGGCUUAUGCGGCCAAUAGUUGGUGUGUUCAACUGACGGACUGGAUGAGUGAGCGUCCUGGUGCUUCUAGUCGACCCUCGACCUCGCUCUGCCCGUUUCCAAAUCCAAGUCCCAAGUCCGCCUCCUCUUCCUCCUGUUCCUCCUCUCAUCCUUGAUUGGCCAUCUCCCUCCCUCCUUCCCUCCCUGUCCAUCCAUCCAUCCAUCCAUGCAUGCAUCCAUGUAUCCGUCCUAGAGUUGGCCGCAUUUUCGGUCCAAGUCAUUAGGGAGCCAGCCUCUCAUCUCGCCUUUCCCGGGAUUCUUGCGGUGUCCCGCCUUUUUGCGACUUGGUGGUUUCCCGCUUCCGGCCUUCCCCUCUCACCAUCGCCACUGGGCGGCUCGUUUCCAGCCCAGGUGAGUUUGUGCUAGACCUCAUUCCCUGACUUGAAGCGUCCGACACGCCCGGAUAUGUCGGGUUGAAGUUCCUGACAUGAUGCAGUUGGAAGGGUGACCCCUGAAUCCCAUCCCUCCAUCCCGCCCUCAACAGAGCCAUGAGUCAGCUGGGCCUUACUUUCUGUAGCCGUUAUCCAUCCUUAGGCUCCCUCAAGUCGUGAGAAUCGUGAUUGGACUCCACUCAAUGGGCUGGUGGACGGAAUGCCGAUGUUGAAUGGAGCCUCAAUUGGAGACUUGUGUUAAGUUUUCGUCAUGGCUGCCCCGUCGCCCUUGCGAUUGAGCCAUAAAGUCACCACUCCUCCGGCCACACCCACAUCAGUCUCGGCUCUGUGGUCUCAAGGGAGUCGCAGUACUUUAGAUGGAGCCUUGCCCACACCUACCCCGAUUCACGUGACGCCCACUGGUCCGGGUGUACGGCGCGCCAUUUUCAAUGGGACACCUUCGUCGGGCGGCCGACGAGGUUCCACCUCUACCUUCACAAUAAUCAAGCCCGAGGGCACACCCGCGCAAACGCUUCGAUCUACUCCUCAACAUCGGGGUAGUCUAUCUUCAUCUUCGGGAUUGGGGUCAGCUUCUGAUCAUGAGUAUGGUCAAUCCACUCCAAAAUCUCGGACUUUGUACCUUACUCCCAACAGCGGUAGUAGCGCCUUUGGGAGCGGCGGCCACUACCAUGUAAACUCAUCGAAUGGUCCUACAGUGAUUGUCCCGUCGGUCAAGUCGGAAGCUCGGCGGAAAUUGAAUCUGGAUCAAGCCCCUGUUGAUCCUGAGGGAUUCAAGACUCCCAUCAAGGCUAACCCAAAACGGAGAGCGCAAGACUUAUCCUCUCCUAGUCCAAAGAAAUUGACUGCCAGAUCCCCUCUGGAAAAGACCCGUUACGAAACGUCACUGGGUCUCUUAACCAAGAAGUUCGUGAGCCUAUUUCAUUCGUCCCCUAGUGGUACGGUGGAUUUGAAUAAAGCGUCCGAAACUCUCCAAGUACAAAAACGGCGAAUCUACGACAUUACAAAUGUAUUGGAAGGAAUUGGAUUGGUGGAGAAAAAAUCCAAGAACAUGGUGCAUUGGUGUGGCUCACAGUAUCACGAUCUCACCGCUGAACAUGCGGACCUACACACCGACCUAGCCGAUCUCGAAGCAAAAGAAAAUCAAUUAGAUGAUUUAAUUAAAAAUGCUGAACUUCAGUUGAAGCUGCUCAAUGAGGAUAAGCGGAACGCCUAUGUCACCUAUCAAGAUUUACGAAAUGUUGCACGUUUCCGUAAUCAGACUGUAAUGGCUAUUAAGGCUCCGCCCGAAGCCAAACUUCAAGUUCCCCAUCCCUCGGAGGGAAUGCAAAUAUACAUGCAGUGCGACAAUGGAGAAAUUGAGGUCUUCUUGUGCCCCGAAGAGGAAUCUUUGGCACUUGGAUCAGCGGCCUUAAGUGCUCACACACCGUCCACCUCAGACGACAACACUGAUACGGAGUCGGAAGCUAGUCCGACCAAAGCGAAAAAGUCUGGACUGCCCCCGCCAAGCCCACCACCUCGACUGGAUUUGGAAGAGGAAAGCCAAAGUUCUGAUUUGGGACAGAUUCGUAACUUCCUUAUAUCUGGGUCCGAAGAUUUUGGUCCAAUGGGAAAUAAACUCCAGUUACAAACGCUUGACCAAGAUCAAGCUGCAGCUUCCGAAGGUGAUCCGGACUUCAGUACAGCUCAAGCAGUGGUAGCCUCAGCUUCCGAUGUUACGGGACAACAAAGUGCUUCAUCUUCUGUAGGUCGAUCAAGCGGUAGUAACAGUACUACAACUACUCCGGCUUCAGCCUCGACUCCUUCUACCACCUUGGGAAGGGGGCCUGCGUGCCGUUCCAAUAACAGUGCUGCGGUUGGAUCGGAAGGCGGGCUCUUACAGCUGGAACCUCCUCUCUCCAGUUCUGAUUAUAGUUUCACGCUAGAUGAUCAAGAAAAUUUGAACGAACUUUUUGACUUACUCUAAAAUUUCGAUUUCACUAGAAGUGUUUGACGAAACCCUUUCCGUUGCUCCGUUUUAUCCAGUCAAUUUUAUGCGCUCAUGAUAAAAUCUAUUGACCUGC